CAUCUGGAUCUACCGCUAAAAUGGGGUCUAAUGGAGACCUCAACGCAAACUCACAAUGUCUCAGCAGCACUGGGGACCUGGUCCUGGACAAAGCAGUCAAUCAGUGGAUGGCCUGGGAUAAGAAUCCUCAGACACGGAAGCAGAUGGAGUCUCUGGUGCGAAAGGGCCAUGUGGUGGAGCUGAGGAGGAGGUUGUGCACCAGGAUGACGUUUGGAACAGCUGGCUUGAGAGCGGAGAUGGGUGCGGGGUUUGCUUGCAUCAAUGACCUAACUGUCAUCCAGUCCACACAGGGGAUGUACAAGUACUUAGCCAAAUAUUUCCCUGACCUGAAAACAAGAGGGCUGGUGGUCGGUUUUGACACUCGUGCCCUAACAAGUAGUGGCUGCACCAGUGAACGACUUGCAAGGUUGACUGCAGCUGUUAUGCUUUGUAAAGAUAUCGCUGUCUAUCUGUUCUCUACAUAUGUGCCUACCCCAUUUGUGCCAUAUGCUGUGAUGAAGUAUGAAGCUGCAGCUGGAGUCAUGAUCACUGCGUCUCAUAACAGAAAAGAGGACAAUGGAUACAAGGUUUACUGGCACAAUGGUGCACAGAUCUCCUCUCCACAUGAUAAGGAGAUCUUGCAUUGCAUUGAGGAGAAUACUGAACCCUGGCCCGAGUCCUGGAAUGAGCACCUAGUUGAAAGCAGCCUGUUACGGAGAGACCCUCUGGAGGACGUCUGCCGCUGGUACAUGGAAGAGCUAAACACUAUCUGCUUCCACAGAGAGCUUAACGCAAAGUCUCCCCUGAAGUCUGUGCACUAUAAUUUCCAUGGUGUUGGUCACAACUAUGUCCAGAGAGCUUUUCAGCAGUUUGGCUUUCCACCUCCCAUCCCUGUUCCAGAACAGAAAGAUCCAGAUCCAGAUUUUUUCACUGUCAGUUGUCCUAACCCAGAGGAAGGAGAAUCAGUCUUGGAGCUGUCCCUUCAUUUGGCUGAGAGGGAAGAGGCCCAUAUUGUUGUGGCAACAGACCCUGAUGCUGACCGCUUGGCAGUUGCAGAGCGGAAUGGCAAUUUUGUUUGGAAAGUGUUCACGGGAAAUGAGUUGGCUGCAUUGCUUGGCUGGUGGAUGUUGUUUAACUGGAAGGAAGCACAUCCUGACCCAGCAGAUACUGAGAUAGUAUACAUGCUGGCCACCACUGUUUCUUCCAAAAUACUUAAUGCCUUUGCACGCAUAGAAGGCUUUCAUUUUGAGGAAACAUUGCCUGGUUUCAAAUGGAUUGGAAAAAGAAUCCACGAAUUAACAAAAACAGGAAAGGAAGUCAUUUUUUCCUUUGAAGAAUCCAUUGGGUUUUUGUGUGGAAACAUGGUUCUUGAUAAGGAUGGAGUCAGUAAAGCAACUGUUGUGGCUGAGAUGGCUGCUUAUCUGCACACCAAAAAUCUUUCCUUGAACCAACAGUUAAUCAACAUUUAUGAAAUCUAUGGCUAUCACGUUUCCAGAACAUCCUAUGUCCUCUGCAGUGACCCUUUAACUAUUCAUAGAAUAUUUAGCCGCCUGCACAAUUUUGGAGGUCCGGGUGAUUACCCAGAAUUAUGUGGUGACUACUGCAUCACACACAUCAGAGAUGUGACCACUGGUUAUGACAGCAGUCAGCCUGAUAAAAAAUGUAGAUAA